AUGAAACUUUAUAUAGUAUUUUUGGUAAUCUGCGUGGUUACCUCAUAAAAAGAAAAUACAGAAUUGUCCCAAGAAGACUAAACUCUAUUGGAUAGUAUGUUUAAAGACAAAUUCGGAUUGAAUGUGUUAAAUGAUAUACAAAGUGAAUACAGAAAAGAUUCCGAAAGGAAGGAAUAAUUGGUGAGAAUCGAGAGUUUAUUGAACACAAUUGAAAGACAGAUAGCUUAAGACGAGUAGGAUGAUUUAGAAUAAUUAACCAAGGAUUAAGAACUCUAUAAUUAAUAAUUAGAGAGUUUGAAAGAAAAAAUAGCUGAAGCAUAAUAUGAUUAUAGUAGCAUAGGUGCAAACAUCAGAUUGUUGGAAGAUGAAUCAAACAGAUAUGAUACUUAAAUAAAUGAGAAAGAGAAUAUUGUGAAUGAAUAUGAAUCAACUCUAGUUUAAUUGGAGGAGAUCAGAUAACAUGAAAAUGCAUAUUUUGAAAUUACUAGAGAUGAUUCUUUUGCUAUUUGCAGUUUAAUCAAGAGAGCCAGAUACUUGAUUAGGGAAUUAUUACCUAGAAGUCCAAGGAAUGUUGCAUUUGUUCAAUAAUACACUUAUGAAGACAAUUCUCAUCAAUUCUCUAGUUCAGAUGUCUUAUAAUAAAUGAGAGAUCUUUAAGUUGAGGCUUAAGAGACUCUUUAAAAUAAUGAACCAUUUCUCAAGAUCAUAAAUGAAUUUGUCACUGUUUCUACUCAAACUGAAGCUGUCAUAGACACUACUAGAGCAAAUGCCAUCAUUAAUUUAUUCUAAUAAUUAUAUGAUUAAGUUGAUAGUACUAGCAGAGUGUAACUAACUGCGGAAGAUGAUAGAUAAAACCUUCAUUAACGAGUGAAGGAUUAAAUAAAUGGAGAAUUGGACUAUUUACACUUAUAGCUCUCCAUACUCUAUGAUGAACAAGAUGGUGUUGAAGCCCACAUUAUAGCAGCACAAAUGGAUUAGAAGGAUGGUGAUUAAAGAUUGGCCAAUCUUAAAUAGUCUUUCUAAGAUUUACAAAAAUGCAAGGAAGAUUCAAAAGUGAAUUAUGGAGUUAGAUCAAAGGAGAGAAAGGAACAAUUGAAAUUGCUAAGGAAGGCAAGGGAAGUUCUAUUGAAUGAGUUUGAUGCUGUUAGAUGUUACAUUGAGGAUAUUCUUAGUAGAAGUGUAAGUCAGAAUUGA